CAACGGGGCUAUAUAAAUGAGGUCCAAGCGUGGCGACAUAUUCUUUGGCGUGGUCUCUCGAAGGUUUCGAGGAAAGGUGAUUUUUAUUUGACCGGGAUCUUGGUUAAGGAGAAAAAGUUAAUAAGAAAAUGAAGUGUCUCUCAGUCAUAACUUUGAUCACUGUCUUUCUUCUGGCUUUGUUCUGUUCUUCGGGAAGUGCCUUGAGAUGUUUUACUUGUAGAAUCUCUCCAUGCAAUGUUAAUAAAACGUGUUCGGCUGAACAGGAUGCUUGUAUAAAGGUAGACCUUGGUUCAAGAAUUGAAAAGGACUGCUGGAAAUAUUCUGACUGUGAUGUGGAUAAAGUUGGGGAACACUUCAAUGUUAAAAAUUUGAAACUCUCAUGCUGCCAAAAAGACUUGUGUAAUGGCAGCCCCAUUACAGUGGGUAGUAAGCUAGUCCUUGGCAUAUCUUCUUUCUUGGUAGUAAUCCGAAUGCUCUGCUUCUAAUGUGGAGUAAAAUACACCUAUUUCUAAUCCUUAAAACUGAGAAUAACCUGUUUUCGAGACAUUUGAGGAGAGAGAAUAAGCAAUGGGAAAUCAGUGUUUAGCAGUCUGUGAUGUGUUUACUGUGCUAAAGCUGUUGCAUUGUUCCCUCUCCCCCCUUGAGUUACUGCAUUCUAAUUGCAAAUGAGUGUCUAAUCUGCAUGGCUGCAAAAUAGAAGUUCAUAAUUA